GCGACAAUUAUUUUGGCAGCGAACCUUUUAAUACACCUAAUAUAAAUGAAUCUUUUACAUCAGAAAUAUCAAAUACUAUAUCCGAAGUAUCAAAUAUUACCGAAAUAUCAAAUACAACAUCUGAAACUUCAAAUAAUUUUGAUAUUAUAGAUGAAACAUCUAACGCUUCUAGUUCUUCAUGGUUUGACGUUUGGAAAUUUUUUGAUAAAGAGAAAAAAGAUAAAACCGUUACUGCGAAAUGCAAAUAUUGUUCAAAUGUUAGAUAUUCUAUCAUUAAAGAUGAUUUACGGUCAUGGAUUGUUCUCGAAGACCUUUCUUUUACAAUAGUGGAAGGUCGAAUUAAAAGUAUAAUUGAAAAAAUAUCAAAAUUUCACGUUGUAUCUACAGAUACAAUUAAUCUCCAACAAAAAACUUUAGAUUUUGUUGAAGUAGAAGGUUCUCAUAUAGGCGUGAAUCUUGCAAAUGAAGUAAUUAAUGUUUUAGAAUUUUAUCAAAUUGAAUCUAAG